ACAGUCUAGUGCUUUAUCUUUGGGAAGACUACAUAGUAGAUCAAUUUUAGCUAACCGUAAACCAAAAUAACCGUAGAUUAUUUGGAAAUACCAGCAAUUAAACGCAAACGCGUUUUUGUAUGGAGGGCAGUUUCAACAAUAGAAAAAAAAACUUACCUUAGUUAUACGCAUCGUCAGAGCAAUUAGCUUGAUUGUCAUUUUCACUGAUUUAUGUAUCUCGCUUUUUUUUCCUUUUUCUCUCGAUGGCCAAAAAAAUGGUACAGAGUUGCAUUUUAUGCUGGGAGAGAAUCGUAGCAUAAUUACAACUAUUUUAAAAUAUAAAGGUGAUUUGUGUUUAACAGUUAUAAGGAAGACAUCAACAAAAUCAUACCAGAGAAAGGUUUUUAAAAACUGAUCGCAUCUUGUUCCAUUUGAUAGUUAAUUUGGUCGUGAAGAGGGAAGGAUAAGAAAAGCAGCAAAUGUCACCUUGCCACAUUCAACAUGGCAGCGACGUUAACGUACGAUGCCGCAAGGCGGAGUCUUUGUCAGCUCAUGUCUCUGAGGAAGAGCAGCGGUGGAAUAAUUGCGUGUCUUGCUGUGUUGAUCAAUGACAUAUUUAGUGUGCGCGUAUGUGAGGGGCGAGGUUGGAGCUUUUGCGGGACUGUAGAAAAAAAGUCAGUUUUGGACUUUUUUUUCCUCAAUAGAUUGCUUUUUUGUAAAAAUGACAUUUAGAUGGGACUACAUCCUAGUCCUUGCACCUUAACUAAGCCGCAUGCUUUUUGCCUUCAAGGCAGUCCCCACCACCCUCAUCCUCAUCUUCCUCCUCAUCCUAUCGAGAAGCGCCAGUGUGCCACUCGCCGCUUCCAGGAAUCGAAUCAAGGAGGUGAAUUGAGAAUCCACGGACGGCGUAGCUGCUGUGCUGUGGACCGAGGUGAGGUCAACUCUUGCGCGAUGAUGACGGGCAAAUCUGUGAAAGACUUCGACAGAUACCAGUCAGUGCUCAACUCUUUGCUGGCGUUGGACGAGAAUAAAUUCUGUGCGGACUGCGAAUCAAAAGGUCCGAGAUGGUCUUCGUGGAACUUGGGCAUCUUUAUCUGUAUACGAUGCGCCGGCAUUCAUCGAAAUCUCGGCGUCCACAUCUCCAAAGUCAAGUCUGUCAACUUGGACCAGUGGACGCAGGAGCAGGUUCAGUGCGUCCAGGAGAUGGGAAACGCCAAGGCCAAACGCCUCUACGAAGCGUUCCUGCCCGAGUGCUUCCAGCGCCCCGAGAGCGACCAGUCGGCGGAGAACUUCAUCAGGGACAAGUAUGACAAGAAGAAGUACAUGGAUAAGGUCAUCGAUAUCCAGAUGCUCAGGAAAGAAAAGAGCUGCGAGAACAUCCCCAAGGAGCCGGUUGUGUUUGAGAAAAUGAAAAUCAAAAAAGACGUCAGCCCAAAGAAGGACUCCCAAUGCGUUACGGACCUGCUGGGGUUAGAUGCUCCUGAUCCAAGUCCUGCAGUGUCCAACGGGGUUCCGGGCAGUCACCAGAGUCCAGCAGGUUCUAAUCCGGCGCACCCUGCCUUGGAUCUCUUCAGUCAGCUCUCAGAUCCGUCCCCUUCUUCCACAAGCCGAGUGACCGCCUCUGUGCCUGAAAACCUCAGCCUCUUCUUGGAUCCGGCACCCAGAAAGGCGGAAGGCACGUUCCAGAAACUGUCGAAGGACUCCAUUCUGUCCCUUUAUGGAUCCACCCCGUCAGUGCACAUUAGCAGUAUGGCGCCAUCUCAUGGCUUAUACAUGAACCAAAUGGGAUACCCGACGCAUCCGUACGGCUCUUACCAUUCGUUAGCUCAGGCCGGCGGGAUGGGGGGAGCCACGGUCAUGUCGCAGGUUGCCAUGAUGGGGCAGCAGCAGAACGGCUCGAUGGCGGCCCAAAGCGGCCCGGCUCAUCACGGCAUGAUGGGACAUCCGCAAAACACCAUGAUGACGUCACAGCAGAAUGGCGCAAUCGUGAUGCGGCAGCAUCAGGGCGCGGGGUUGAUGGGACAUUCUCAGGCGGGAGGCUUGGCGGCGUUGGCUCAGCAGCAAGCGCUCGGAGCUCAGCAGCUGCAGUGGAACGUUGGACAGGCACGUCUUCUCAGCACGUGUCCGUCAUGAAUCCAUUCGGCUCCGCCACUCAACCGAUGGGAAGCGCCGCGGCCCCGAGUUUAGCGCACAUGACAGCACAUGUCUGGAAAUGAAUUGCAUCCGCCUCGAAAGUGAACUUAUGAAGUCCUCAACGAGAGCUGCGUGGGCGGGACGCUGCGGGAGCUUUUCCGGUUUUCAAGAAGGAAAGAGGAGGAGACGAGAAUUCGAAAAGUACAACUACCUCUUCCUCUGUCCUCGGCCCCUGCUCCAAAUCCACUUCCUGCCUCGUACACCUCGGCCGAGCUUCGCGAACGUCCACACUUGCCUUCGGAAUAUUUUGUCAAUGCAGUAACAGGGUCACACAUUUUUAUAUCCAAUUGGGAGCACGCAACGUUUUGUUUUGUUUUGUUUUCUGCACAUAGACACAGAUCCUCAUUUGAUUUGGAACAACCUCUCUGUUUAUUAUAACUGGCCAACAUGAAGAAGAAUAAUAAUAUGAAUCAUUUUAAGUAAUCGUUAGCAUGUCAGCAUGCAUGGCUACACCGCUAAGAUUGCAGCAUUGUAGUUGACAAUAGGAGGCAAAGACUUUUUUGGGGGCACUUUAAAGCACAAAUGUCUAAUAAAUGUGAAUUGGGUCAUGAAUGAAGAAUUCGGUCCUACGAUGGGUUAAAAGGCCAACAAAAAAUUCAAUUGGAGUCAAUCAAUCAACAACGGCAAGGCUCAUUUCAGGUCCAAGCUGAGAGAUUUCAUGUUGAUAAGUUCCUACAUGCAGGGAAGCACAUCCAUGAUUUGAAUGUGCACAGCACAUAUUCCAUCUGCAUCUGCAAGAGACCUGAACUCGAUUUUGGCAUACCAAAGAUAAAAACGAGUUUUAUGGGGAUCAGACACUUCCACGGAACUGCAUGAAGGAAAUGUUGCUACAGCGAUGAUGUUGUGUUUAUGGCUUGAGACGACAAAAAAAAAAACAUUUAAUGGGAAAUGUUGCACUGGAGGUGAUGUUUUGCGUUUUUCUCCCUCUGUUAUUAUGUCUUUGAAUCCAUCCAUUCAAAUUGUUGUGAUUUACUGUUUCCUACACGUGAUUUCACAAGAAUAUUUUUGUUGAUUUGUCGUUUUCCAAUACGACCCAAAAAAAACCCACUUUGUGAUGGACAAAUCAACAUAUUUGUUUCUUUGUUUUAAGUGCGCAAAUGGCACCUGAAUGUCUAAUUCUGUUUGGAAUGUGUUGCUGACUAAACGCAUGAAAACAUGAUUGUCAACGACUCCUCUUUUAUUUUUCUUUGCGGCUCACAUUCAUGUUGUGUUGGAAGUCAAAGUGAAUAGAGGAACGCAUCGUUUGCCGGACUUGUCAAUCAAGAUCAUGUUUAAUACUGUCGAUUGUGGUUCGCAAACAAGAUUUAUUAGUCGUUGAUUUUUUUUUUUUCUUCAGACGGCAUACUUUGUCUGUCUAGUGUCCUAUUUACACGAGAUGAGAAUAUCGGUAAGACAAGAUAGUCUGGGGAAACGGAGUGUUUAAAUAUUGCUUUGAGUA